AUGCUUAUCGACGGUCAAAAGUGGGCGUGUGAAGCUUGUCUACGGGGCCACCGUGUAACCAGCUGCAAACACCAUGGUGAGUACUCUGAAUAG